GACUGCGGCGGGAACUGACUUGGUGUCACUGACAUCCCCAGUGACACCAAUACAGUGAUCAGUGCUAAUAAGAAGCCCUGACACUGUACUAAUGGCACUGGGCAGGAAGGGGUUAACAUGAGGGGCGAUCAAAGGGUUACCUGUGUGCUGGGAGUGCUUCACUAUCUUUCCCCUGUCAGCUCCUGCACACUGCUUUGCAUGGCUCUGCAUAGCCGAGCCAUACAAAGCAGAUGAUCUACAUAGUAAAACAUACACAGUUAACCCUUUGAUCGCCCCUCAUGUUAACCCCUU